CACGUCAUCGGUCACUUGGGUACUAGCCAAUACCUGUCGAUUGAUAACGUGAGCAUCUCUCAUCCCAUUCUUGAGACCCACCAAAGUUGGAGAGAAUCUUCGAACAUUCGUCAUUCAGGGACUUGCAAUGGAUCGAGAUUCAGCGACGUCAUGAACAGGUUAGCCUUGCCAUCAAAUAAAGAGCCAACAAUACCGGCCUCGUCGUCGGCAAUCUCUACCACGAUGGACGCCGGAUCCACCGAGAUCGAGCUGCCCGGAUCGACACCAACGACGGCGGACAAGCCGACCUCGCUGCUGAGCAGUAUCAUGGCAGACAACCCAUACUUUUCCGCCGGAGCCGGUCUUAUGGGCAUCGGCGUGGUGCUCGGCGGUCUUCGAAAAGGAGUCAACCUGGCCGGUAAUUUCGCUCAGCGGAGGUUACUCGUCACUCUAGAGAUUCCGAGUAAAGAUCGUGCAUAUCCUUGGUUCUUGGAAUGGAUGGCUGCGCAGGCCAAGGCGGCGAAAGCGUUGGAACUGGAGGCCGGCGAGUCGAGCUCGGCAUCGACAUCGAUAUCGAGACCGUCGACGACCUCGAAGAUCAGACAGAUUUUGUCCGGAAACAUCCCCGUCCAAUCUCACCAGCUCGCCGUCGAGACGACCUACAAACAACACUCCAACGGAUCCACCGAAGCUCUCUUCACCCUGGUCCCCGGCCCUGGGACACACUACUUUCGUUACAAGUCCGCUUGGAUCCAAUUGAAACGAGAACGGGAUUCCAAGUUGAUGGACCUUCAUAGUGGGAUACCAUGGGAGACAGUCACCUUGACUACCCUCUCACGGGAUAGGAACCUCUUCCCUUUGUUACUGAAGGAAGCUAGAGAGCUGGCGGACAGGGAAAAGGAGGGCAAGACGGUGGUGUAUACGGCUUGGGGCACGGAAUGGAGACCAUUCGGAAAACCGAGGAGGAAGAGGGAGACGGGUAGUGUGGUAUUAGCAGAGGGAAUCGGGGAGAGGGUGGAGAGCGAUCUCAGGAGGUUCUUGGGGAGGGGCAAGUGGUAUGCUGAUCGAGGUAUUCCUUACCGCCGAGGAUACCUUCUCCACGGUCCACCCGGUUCUGGAAAGACCUCGUUCAUUCAAGCCCUGGCCGGGAACCUGAGCUACAACAUCUGUCUGCUAAACCUGUCCGAAAGGGGCCUGACGGAUGACAAGCUGAAUCACCUCUUGGGGAUCACGCCGGAGCGGAGUAUCGUGCUUUUGGAGGAUAUCGAUGCCGCGUUCAACCGGAGGGUGCAGACUAGCGAGGAUGGGUUCAAAUCGUCCGUGACCUUCUCGGGCCUGCUGAACGCCCUGGAUGGAGUUGCGUCGGCGGAAGAACGGAUCAUCUUUAUGACGACCAACCAUUUCGACCGGCUCGACCCGGCUCUCGUCAGACCCGGUCGGGUGGAUUUGAAAGAAUUGUUGGACGAUGCUGUGCCUGAACAGGCCAAGAGGCUGUUCAAGAGGUUUUACGGAAAAGACCAGGACGGGGCAGAUGAGGCGGAGAUUGCGAGGUUGGCUAGCAAGUUGGCAGGGAUGGUUGGUGAUGAGAUGGGACGCGGGAGGAGGGUCAGUAUGGCCGCGCUUCAAGGGCACUUCAUCAGGCAUGCUCCGGGUGAGAGCUUGGAUACCUUGAAUGACUUGUUCGGUGAGCGAUGAUGCGUGCAUGGAAGAAAAGAGAGAGCGUGUUGUAUUCGGACAUGCCAGUCUUCGUUAUGAUUCCUGGCCGAUAUUAGAUGCAUGGCGGGAUCGCAGGCGGCGG